GAAAAGUCAUAGGAAACCAAGAAGUUAGAAAACUUGAGGGUCUGUUCAACCCAUCACCUAUAUAAACCCUCCAUUCUGAAGGCAUCAAGUAUUAGCAGUUCAAAGGUAUGCAGAGAAAAGGGAGGAAGGGGACGCGUAUCUGAUUUUUAGCUUCUUUGGGCUCCAGGGUUCAAAACUCUGAGCUUCUUUCUCAGACUUUUGAGGAAAGAUUUCUGGGUUUUUGUGGGUUUUGGUUGGUCUUGCAGGAGGGUUCUUCGUUUCAGGUUGCAAUGGCCACUGCUGACAUUUAUAGAGCCAGUGGUAGUUUAAGGAGGAACGGUUCUUCGAUAUGGAGGAGCUCCGGUGCGGAUAUUUUCUCCCGAUCUUCGAGGGAUGAGGAUGAUGAGGAAGCUUUGAAAUGGGCCGCACUCGAGAAACUUCCCACCUACAAUCGGUUGAGGAGAGGUUUGCUGAUGGGAUCCGAGGGCGAGGCCAGUGAAAUUGAUAUCCAUAACCUUGGGUUUCAGGAGAAGAAGAAUUUAGUGGAGCGGUUGGUAAAAGUCGCUGAAGAGGACAAUGAGAAGUUCUUGUUGAAGCUCAAGAAUCGUAUCGAUAGAGUUGGAAUAGAUGUUCCCGAAAUUGAAGUUAGAUUUGAGCAUCUUACCAUCGAUGCAGAAGCUUUUGUAGGAAGCAGAGCUUUGCCUUCAUUCCAUAAUUUCAUUUUUAGUAAACUUGAGGGUAUCCUGAACGCUGUGCGCAUUCUUCCAAGUAAAAAGAGGAAAUUCACUAUUCUCAAUGAUGUUAGUGGAACCAUCAAACCACGCAGAUUGACUUUGCUUUUAGGUCCUCCAAGUUCUGGAAAGACCACCCUCUUAUUGGCAUUGGCUGGCAAGCUUGAUCCCAAUCUAAAGGUUAUGGGAAGGGUGACAUACAACGGCCAUGGCAUGAAUGAGUUUGUACCCCAGAGAACUGCAGCCUAUAUCAGCCAACAUGAUACCCAUAUAGGAGAAAUGACUGUAAGGGAAACCUUGGCAUUCUCUGCAAGAUGCCAGGGUGUUGGAGAUCGAUAUGACAUGUUAGCAGAGCUGUCAAGAAGAGAGAAAGCAGCAAAUAUUAAGCCUGAUCCUGAUCUUGAUGUCUUCAUGAAGGCAGCAGCAACAGAAGGUCAGAAGGAAAAUGUUGUCACUGAUUAUACAUUGAAGAUUCUGGGACUAGACAUCUGUGCAGAUACCAUGGUAGGAGAUGAGAUGAUAAGGGGUAUCUCUGGAGGACAAAGGAAGCGUGUCACAACAGGUGAGAUGCUGGUCGGACCAUCAAAGGCACUGUUCAUGGAUGAGAUCUCUACUGGCUUGGACAGCUCAACAACUUAUCAAAUCAUCAAUUCUCUCAAGCAAACCAUCCAUAUUCUCAAUGGGACUGCUGUCAUCUCUCUCCUCCAGCCAGCACCUGAGACUUACAAUCUUUUUGAUGACAUCAUUCUCCUAUCUGAUAGUCAGAUUGUUUAUCAGGGUCCUCGUGAAGAUGUGGUUGAAUUUUUUGAAUCCAUGGGCUUCAAAUGUCCUGCAAGGAAGGGUGUGGCAGACUUCCUGCAAGAAGUAACAUCUAGAAAAGAUCAGGCCCAGUAUUGGGCACGUAAAGAUGUGCCUUACAGUUUUGUCACAGUCAAAGAAUUUGCUGAGGCAUUCCAGUCAUUUCACAUUGGACGGAAAGUAGCAGAUGAGCUUGCAUCGCCAUUUGAUAGGGCCAAAAGCCACCCAGCUGCUUUGACGACCAAAAAGUAUGGUGUUAGAAAGAAGGAACUGUUGGAUGCCAACAUGUCAAGAGAGUACUUGCUGAUGAAGAGGAACUCAUUUGUUUAUAUUUUCAAACUCACCCAACUUGCAGUAAUGGCAGUGAUUGCAAUGACACUCUUCCUAAGAACUGAGAUGCACAAAAAUUCAACAGAUGAUGGAAACAUUUACACGGGUGCUUUGUUCUUCACUGUUGUCAUGAUCAUGUUUAAUGGAAUGGCAGAACUUGCCAUGGCAAUUGCAAAACUUCCUGUCUUUUACAAGCAAAGAGACCUUCUCUUCUAUCCUGCAUGGGCAUAUGCUCUUCCCACAUGGGUGCUCAGGAUCCCCAUCACAUUUGUUGAAGUUGGUGUUUGGGUGUUCAUCACUUACUAUGUCAUUGGAUUUGAUCCAAAUGUGGAAAGGUUGUUUAGACAGUAUCUUCUCCUCUUGCUUGUUAAUCAGAUGGCAUCUGGAUUAUUUCGAUUUAUAGCAGCAGCCGGUAGAAACAUGAUUGUUGCAAACACAUUUGGGGCAUUUGCUUUACUUAUGCUCUUGGCAUUGGGUGGUUUUAUCCUGUCAUAUGAUAAUGUCAAGAAAUGGUGGAUUUGGGGUUACUGGUCUUCCCCUCUGAUGUAUGCACAGAAUGCAAUAGUGGUAAAUGAAUUCCUUGGGAAGAGUUGGAGCAAAAAUGUCACCGAUUCAACAGAAUCCCUUGGAGUCACAGUAUUGAAGUCUCGUGGGUUCUUCACAGACGCACACUGGUACUGGAUAGGAGCUGGGGCACUGCUUGGAUUCAUAUUUGUUUUCAACAUCUUUUACACUCUCUGCCUUAAUUACCUAAAUCUAUUUGAGAAGCCUCAAGCUGUUAUAACAGAAGAGUCUGACAAUGCCAAAACUGCAACCACAGAGCGGGGAGAGCAAAUGGUAGAAGCCAUUGCUGAGGCUAAUCAUAAUAAGAAGAAAGGAAUGGUUCUUCCAUUCCAACCACAUUCAAUCACUUUUGAUGAUAUUAGAUACUCAGUUGACAUGCCAGAGGAAAUGAAAAGUCAGGGUGCCCUUGAAGACAGACUGGAGCUUCUGAAAGGGGUGAGUGGUGCUUUCAGGCCUGGUGUUCUUACAGCUCUGAUGGGUGUUAGUGGUGCUGGUAAAACCACUCUCAUGGAUGUACUGGCUGGUCGGAAAACCGGUGGAUAUAUUGAGGGUAACAUCACUAUUUCUGGCUACCCAAAGAAGCAAGAGACUUUUGCUCGAAUUUCUGGAUACUGUGAGCAGAAUGACAUCCACUCUCCUCAUGUUACUGUCCAUGAGUCCUUGCUCUACUCAGCUUGGCUGCGGUUGCCUUCUGAUGUGAAUUCUGAAACCAGAAAGAUGUUCAUUGAGGAAGUCAUGGAGCUUGUGGAACUGACCCCAUUGAGGGAUGCACUGGUUGGGUUGCCAGGUGUAAAUGGUCUCUCAACCGAGCAGCGCAAGAGGCUGACUAUUGCAGUUGAGCUUGUGGCAAAUCCCUCAAUAAUAUUCAUGGAUGAGCCAACUUCAGGGCUAGAUGCAAGAGCUGCUGCAAUUGUUAUGAGAACAGUCAGAAACACUGUGGACACAGGAAGGACAGUUGUGUGCACCAUCCAUCAGCCAAGUAUUGACAUAUUUGAAGCCUUUGAUGAGUUGCUCCUGAUGAAGCGUGGAGGGCAAGAGAUAUAUGUGGGACCACUGGGUAGACAUUCUUCCCAUCUAAUAAAUUAUUUUGAGGGAAUUGAAGGAGUCAGUAAAAUCAAAGAUGGUUAUAACCCUGCAACCUGGAUGCUGGAAGUUACCACCGGAGCACAAGAAGGAACUUUGGGGGUCGAUUUCACUGAAAUAUACAAGAAUUCAGACCUAUACAGGAGAAACAAAGAUUUAAUUAAAGAACUGAGCCAACCUGCCCCUGGUACAAAAGACCUCUAUUUCGCUACUCAAUACUCCCAACCCUUCUUCACCCAAUUUUUGGCAUGCUUAUGGAAACAACGUUGGUCAUACUGGCGCAACCCACCAUACACGGCAGUGAGAUUUCUCUUCACAACUUUCAUAGCCUUGAUGUUUGGGACAAUGUUCUGGGAUCUGGGCACCGAAAGGACAAGGCAACAAGAUCUGUUAAACGCAAUGGGUUCUAUGUAUGCUGCUGUUCUCUUCCUUGGGGUUCAGAACGCCCAAUCGGUCCAGCCAGUUGUUGUAGUUGAACGAACAGUCUUUUACAGAGAAAGAGCUGCAGGAAUGUAUUCAGCCCUGCCAUAUGCCUUUGGACAGGCUCUAGUUGAGAUCCCAUAUGUCUUUGCACAAGCUGUUGUGUAUGGUGUUAUAGUUUAUGCAAUGAUUGGAUUUGAAUGGACUGCCGCUAAAUUCUUCUGGUAUCUGUUCUUCAUGUUCUUCACUUUGUUGUACUUCACCUUCUAUGGCAUGAUGGCUGUGGCUGCCACGCCAAAUCAACAUAUUGCUUCCAUCGUUGCUGCGGCAUUUUAUGGAUUAUGGAACCUCUUUUCAGGUUUCAUAGUCCCACGAAACAGAAUUCCGGUGUGGUGGAGAUGGUACUAUUGGAUAUGUCCAGUUGCAUGGACUUUGUAUGGAUUGGUUACAUCACAGUUUGGAGAUAUACAGGACACACUACUUGACAAAAAUCAAACGGUGGAACAAUUCUUGGAUGAUUAUUUUGGAUUCAAACAUGAUUUCCUGGGAGUGGUUGCAGCUGUGGUUGUUGGGUUUGUGGUGCUGUUCUUAUUCAUCUUUGCCUACGCCAUUAAGGCAUUUAACUUCCAAAGGCGAUAAGAAGUCAUUCCGAGCACAAGUUCUUCAAGGAUGGUUGGUUAUUUUAUGUAUGUAACCUUUCAGUUCAACAUUUGAUUGUAAGAUGAAAAAAAGGUUUUGUUCUUUGUGUACGUAGGAUGUUAGGAUAUUAAAUUCUUUAAUUUCUUUGUCGUCCCAAUUUUAUGUAAUUUGAAAUUCCAGACAGUAAUAGAACCUUGAGCUAUUCUUUCA